ACUCAACAAUCAUUGCAGUUCGAUGUCGCAGGAUGCAUAUGCCAUCAGAUAAACAGCAGCAAAACAGUUACAUAAACGUCUACACGCUUAGUUGCUUAUUGCCUAGUUAUUGCCAGAGAACGAACGGGUCGCCCUUCAACUCAGGCAGGCCUGCCCAAUUCUUCCUUUAGGCCUUAUCCUUCUCCUUCCAUAUUUUAUAUUCGACCACCAUUUCUGCUAUUUAUACCAUUAAUUGCGCAUUUUCACCAAUCACUCAGUCCAACAACGCCUUUCCGCCAUACCGUCCAUUCUAGGUACCAGAUCCCGCAGAAUGUCCUUCUUCUCAAGGAGGAAGAAUCAUCCACCACCUGCGCAAAAUGCGCCAGCUGUCACCAUAGCAUCAACUCCCAGCCAGGCCCUGGCACAGAUGUCAGGGAGUUCAAGUAAAGAUGGAGGAGUGGGCAUGCAACAACAGCAGCAGCAACCACAGCAACAAAUGGGUAGUCUGCGGAACGAAAAUCCAAUGGACUCUGUAUCCGGAAGCGCCGGUAGCAACGGUGUUCUCAGCUCUUCUCCAGCGCAACAACGACUCCAGAACUCUUCGGGUCCUGUUCAAACGCAAACACAGCUUGCUCAGCAGCCGCCAUCCCAGUCCGCGAAACCUGCAUUUCCAUGGUCUGCUCGGCGUCUUGUUUUACCGCCGCCAGUGGUUUUGAACAAGCCAGGUGUUGUCCCUCCUACAAAUCCCUCACCUCCGCCCUUUCCUCGAUAUGGGCAUGCCCUCCCUGCGACAGCCACAAGCGCAGGUGAAUUGUAUCUUUUUGGUGGUCUUGUUCGGGAGACUGCUCGGAACGACUUGUACCUUGUACAUGCCCGCGAGCUGUCUGCCACGCUUCUUCAGACAGGCGGUGAGGUCCCCUCCCCGAGAGUAGGACAUGCCAGUGCUAUCGUCAGCAAUGUUCUGAUUGUUUGGGGAGGCGAUACGAAGACGGAUCCGAAAGUGAGACAGAGCGACAAACAGGAUGACGGCCUUUACUUACUCAACCUCGUUUCUCGCGAGUGGACUCGCGUCACAGUCAGCGGUCCUAGUCCCGUCGGACGAUAUGGUCAUGCGGUGACUAUGGCGCACACGUCUAAGUUCAUCAUCUUUGGCGGACAGGUCGACGGAGAAUUUCUUAAUGACUUAUGGUCUUUUGAUCUCAAUUCUUUACGAACGCGGCCCACCUGGGAAUUAAUUGAGCCAACAUCUCCGGAAAGGCCUGCUCAUCGGACGGGCCAUGUUUGUAUCAACCAUGGAGACCGUAUCCUAAUUUUCGGAGGAACGGAUGGGCAAUAUCAUUAUAAUGACACUUGGUCCUUCGAUCUGAAUACCAAAAAAUGGUCUGAGCUCACAUGUAUUGGUUUCAUUCCCGCUCCAAGGGAGGGCCAUGCCGCAGCAUUGGUGGACGAUGUCAUAUAUGUUUUCGGUGGACGGGGAGUUGAUGGCAAGGAUCUGAAUGAUCUAGCUGCUUUCAAACUAUCAAACCAACGGUGGUACAUGUUCCAGAAUAUGGGACCAGCUCCUAGUGGACGAUCUGGGCAUGCGAUGGCUUCUAUUGGCACUCGAGUAUUUGUGUUGGGAGGCGAAUCAUUCACGCCAUCUAAACCAGAAGAUGCAAACUUCAUACAUGUACUGGAUACGAAACAUAUCAAGUACCCUGACGCGAACAAACCUCAACAAAACGGUAAUCCUGCACAGCAACAUGUCUCCCGGAAAUCUUCGGCAGGUUCCCCCGCCAUCCAGCAGCAGCCAAGAUCGGGGUCACCCUCUGUUGUAACGGGUGCCCCGUACAAUCGUUCCAUGUCUCCUGCUACGCAAGGUUCGGACUCGGAGGAUGCACGGCGAGCAGUAUCACCUCCUAACGCCCGCUUAAUGAAACCUGUAAAUGGUGUGAUUACUCAGCCCUUCCCAGUCAAGGGGAAAGGUCCCAUUCGCUCGAGACGCGAAGAUGAUGACGGUGCAGGAACCGACGAUGGAAUGGAUGCAGCUACCUCUGAAUCUGGAGUCAGGGAACGUGCCAUGUCGCCAGAGCAAUCGAUAAUGAGCAGAGCGAAGAGUCCUCAGUACAUUCGUGGUGUUUCUCCUAACGACAUGGAGGCCAGUUCCGCGCCCAAUAUGGUCACAAUGGCAUUGAAUGGUCGCUCGUCGCCUGCUGUUGAUAGGUCAAGGCUUCCCGCUGAUCCUUUCUACAACCCGCACACGCCCCACGUGAACGGUCAUGUUCGAUCGGGAUCCAAGAAUGGCUCAGUGGGUAAUAUCACCGCAGAUCUGGUUAGGGAUCUCAAGAAUAAAGAGAUUGAACUGGAAGGUAUGAAACGCCAAAUGACCUGGAUGAAGGAGGCAGUUGGUAAAGCUACACGAGCUGGAUUCAUCUACACGGAACGUGACAUCGGUGACAUCGACAAUAAUAGCUCGGCUGACAACGAGUUAGUCCUGAAGUUCAAGCAAUUCAGAGCUCAAAUGCAGGUCGCGAUGGUUGAACAAGCGAAUCAGGCCUCAGAACACCUUGCGAAUGCGGAACGUAUGAAAGUCAGUGCCGCGCAGGAGGCUGCUUACUAUCGCUCGAAGAUUGUUGCCUUGGAGUCUUCAAAUGAGUCUGAAGCACUACGUCUUGAACGUCAACGUGUGGCGGACCUGGAACGGGAUAUGUCAACCUUGAUGAACGAACGCUGGCUGCAAGAUCGGAAGAUUAACGAGCUCAGUGACUCGGUCGCCCUCCAUACCACGCUUUACGAACAAGCAGAAGCACGAUCGGCCGAAGCUUCAAAGCGCGCAGACAUGCUAGACGAGAGCAAUGGACGGCUAUCGCAGCAACAUUCCGACCUACAGCAACGUCAUGCGGCUUUAGAUGCUCAAUUCCGCAGUCAUGCAGAUAAACUCUUGUCUUCCAGUUCUUCCCUCCAACAGUCUCAGGCCGAAGUGGAUGCCGCUCGUGCCCAAGUUGACGAUCUCACUCGUUCUCAGGAUCAGCAUAUUCGGGCGCUUGAACAAGCGCGCGACGCCCUUCAAGCAGCUGCCUCCCGCGCUGACGAAGCAGAUGAGCAAUACCAACACGCUCGUGAACGGAUCAACACUUUUGAGGCAGAACUGGCAGAUCUACGCGGAGAAGUUGAAGCCCGAACGUCCGAGGUCGAAUCCACUCGAGCAAGGCUUGCUGAGGUUGAAAACAUGUGGGCGAAAUCGCGUGAAGAAGCUGAUUCCUUGAGGACUAUGACUACUGGUAGUCUUGGUGAACUACUUGAUUCUCACAGGGAUCUUAGGUCUGACGAAGAUCGCUUGACGAGAGGUCAUGUAGAACGAAUGGAAGCUGUCGAAGAAGAAUCUGCGUCUUUGAGGCAACUGCUGAAAGAUGCCAACCAGCGUGUUGAGGAAUCCCAAACUCAGAUCAUGGAGGAGCAUCGCAGACUUCGGGAAUAUGAGGCUCAACAGUCUUCACUCUUGUCUCAGAUUGUCGCUUUGCGCGCUCAGUUGUCUAAUGCACUCACUGAAAAUGGCGAUAUUCGACAAAGCCUUGCUCAGAGAGAUACCGACCUUCAAAAUAGCUUGAAGGAGUCCUCCGAGUCAACCUUGAAACUUGCCAUGCUCCGCAAUUUCAUGGCAGAAAAUGGACUCAGUGUCAACGAGGAUGAACUUGACCUCCCUUCACGACCCCGUUCUAAUGCUGCGUCGCCCGCGCUUGUCGCAGAACUGGAAAGUAAGCUGGCAGAUCGUACGCGUUUGCACGAGGACACCGAACGCGAACUUGCGAAGGUUGUGCGACGGAAUCGUGAGGUCGAAGACCAAGUCGUUCAGCUUUCUUCACAGCUGAAUCGAGCUCGAUCCGCGCCUCCUUCAUCUGGAGAGGCUUCCAGUGACGCUGAAGGUAGAGCUGAGCAAGCUGAGCGAAAGCUAGAAGAAACUGAACGAACCUACAAAACGAGAAUGCAAACAAUGGAGGAGGAUUAUCAGCUGGCCGUUCAUUAUGUUAAAGGGACUGAGAAGAUGAUGCGACGAAUGCGGGAAGAGCUCACCAAACAAAAAAAUUCCAACACCACACUACAGGCAGAGUUAGAUGCCGCACGUGCCGGUAAAUCGCGCGCCAAUGGACGUACCACUCCCUCGUCCGAUGAUGGGUCAGAAGCUUUGCGUUCGCAGGUCGUGGAAGCCAAAUGGCAACUGCACCAAGUCCAAAGUGAAAACGCAGAGCUUCAUUCACGUCUUGAUUCUUUGGAAAGCGAGCUCGAGACUCUACGUGAUAGCCUUGUGGCAUCACAGCGAGAAUCUGACGAUCGCCUCACUCAAGCUGAAGAGUUACAACUCGAAGUCGAGCGUUUACAGUCGUCAUUGAUCAUUGCUCGAGGAGGUAACGAGGAGACAAUGCUGGAAAAAAUAAGCAACGAAAAUACUACGUUGCGACGAGAAAACGAACAGCUUUCUCACAAAAUCGGUCUACUCCUUGAAGUCGAUCAGUCUACCUUUGGCCAAGGUAGACCAAUAUCCGGUAUCUCCCCCCGGCGUGCAAGCGCUUCGAGUUCAGAAAACGCACUCGCUUUUGAGCACCUUUCAAGCGAACUCGAUGACUGGCAAAGACAGCUUGCCAGCUCAAUGAGCAAUAGAAGGCCACUCAGUGAAUUGGACUCAGAGCCCGUGCAGCGGACCAGAUCUCCGCGUUCAUGACAUCCAUGACAUCCAAAUUCUUCCCCUUCUUUGUAUUUACUGUUGGCUUAUACCCUCGAUAUGUCGCUCGACUGAUUUGUCUACAUUCGCUUGGAUCU